GGAUGACGAGAUGGUCGACCGGCAUCGUCCGAAGCGCCGCAAGUAUCGGAAAGACCCGAGCGGCUUGCGGGUGCCGGUCCCUUGGAACCCCAAAGAGAAAGAAAUCGGCGGCCCCGUGGAGCCCUCUGGCGAGAGCGUGUUUCGUCUGGCGUGGUUGUUUGUCGAGGGGUGGAGACAGAAACUCCGGAAGGCCGGGGAUAUGGUUGAGAAGACGCGGUGGGAGUGGGAGCUUGACGGGACUGCUACUGCCUGUACGCAUAGUCGCGCGUCAAGUUUGACGUUUGGUAUUAUGAUUUCGGACGCUCGUUUGCGCGUGCCGGAGGAGUUGGGAAACAAGAGGAAGCAGAGGAAAUCGGUGCAUUGGGCGUAGGACACACACGAUGGGACAUGAUAUUACGACUAAUGGGUUACGGAUACGGUUAUGGACAUGGCUUACGGUUAUAGAGGAUAAUGAAAUAAUGAUUUGAC